AUUUAUUAUUGAGAAAACCUCACACUCAGUCAGUUGUUGUGUCAAAGUUCUCUUGAGUGUAAACACGUGGAAAUGGCGAGGCGUAAUGGGCGUCAGCGGGGUCAACUGCCCCCCUGUUACUAUGAGGGUUACCUGGAGAAGAGGUUGUUCAAAGACAAGACGUCCCGCAAACUGUGGAGCUGCCUGUGUGGAAACAUUCUUUUCUUCUUCAAUGACAAAAGAGACGUCGAUUAUGUAGAGAGACUGGAUGUGAGUGGAGUGAUCACCAUCGUGGAUGACGGCAGCCAGGAUCGGAACUUGGAUGCAGCCCGGUUCACCAUCACCACUAAACAGGGAAACAUCAAAUUAACUGCCCCCAAUGCAGAGGCCCGUGAGCUGUGGAAGGGCUACAUCUUCUCUGUGUCUAAGCUGUCGGUGCCCUCCUCCCUCAACCUGCUCCCAGGUCAGUUCCACAUGCUGAAAGAGGCAGUCGAUCUGGAGAAGGAAAGACAAAAAAAAGCUCCUCAACGUGUCAUCACCUCCAGGUCCUUUGACAGUUCUGAUGCAGACUUGCCAUCUUGUUACCACAGCGUGUCCCGGCUGGAGGCAGAACUGCUGCUUGAGAAAGAGAGCAAGAAAGGAAACCUGCUCCUGAGGCCUGGAGGUGCUGGAAACUCCUUCUCCAUCACCACCAGACAGGAAGACCAUGAUGGUGCUAUAUUCAGACACUACCGUGUGUCACGUACACAUGACGGGGGCUUUGCCAUCGCUCUGGAGAACCCUGUCCCAUGUGCCACGCUGCAAGAUGUGGUCAACUACUUGGUAGAGAAAACAGACCGAGUUCUGGUUCCUCUCAUCUUUGAGGAACAGUAUGAGAAAAACAUCACUUUUAUUCAGUCUGACAACGAGAACGGAGAGAUAAGUGUUCAACAAGCCCUGCCAAACAUCGUUCCACCAAAGGUCGUUCCUCCAAACGUCGUUCCACCAAAGGUCGUUCGACCAAAGGUCGUUCCACCAAAGGUUGUUCCUCCAAACAUCGUUCCACCAAAGGUCGUUCCAAAGGUCGUUCCACCAAAGGUCCCGCCGAGUUUGCCUCCCAAACCAGUUGGGUUAAAAAUACCAACAACAGAAGAAGCACUGACACCAGUUUCGGACCCUGUAACCAAGUUUGGACAGACAAACAGAAUCACGGAGGAGGACUCAGUCACGGCACUUCAACAACUAAGGAAAACUCCAACCAUUAAACCUCCAGUUCCUGCUCCUCGCAAAUCACUUUCUGGAGUGUCGGCUCCUUCCCUCGCCUCCUACACAAACACAGAGCAGAGAAUGAGGUUGCACACGGAUCCUUUUGGAGAGACCAUAUCACAGCUGAAACUUCUGUUUGAGCAGAGCGCAAAGUGACGUGAAUGCAUGAACCAUCUGUGACUCUCAGCCUCAGCAACUGCCUCAGACCCGUUCAGUCAUCUCAGAGACUGAGUCUGCAAGAUGACCAACACACCGAGACGGAGAGGAGCUGGUUUCCUCUCAAACGUCGAUCUCCACCUCUUCACUGGCUUCCUGUCAGCAGAAAGACUUCUCUGAGGCUUAACACUUUAUCGACAGCCUUCUCUGACACUCGUUAGCAUUAAUCACCUGUAAAGAGGGUUGUUCAUGUCCCAUUAUCUUCACCGUGUUAAUUUACCUUCAUCUUUGACAGCGGUGUCUCUUAUUCACUGAUUCUUUUGUAGGUAUCAUUGUAUAUACUGUAUAAUUUUAUAUUUUUUUAUGGAACUAUAAUGUCUGUAUUCUGCCUCAUAGGCAUGUGAUGUAAAUAUAUAUACAUGUACUGUACAUACAAGUUUACGUUGCGAAAUACUUUUCUUUUUAUGAGCCGUGUUUAAAUAUAGGCAAAUUCACAGAAAUUAGCUGCUGGUUAGAGGACAUCCUGGAGGUGAGUGUAGUGAAACUUUUACUUUGGUUGCUUCCGUUACAUCAAAUCAGACGCUUCUGAAGAAGUGACUUUAAGUAUGUGUUACUUAAAGUUGGUCAGGUUUAUAAUGUACUCGCUCUCUUGGUUGCACUGUUUUUUUCUUUGUUGAAAAUGACGACAGUGAACAAAUUGUUCUCACUCCUUUAUUACCUCAAUGGCGGAUUAUAGUGGAAAGAAAAAUUCAACUUUGUACAAUAAAAUGUGACAUGUGAAAUAAAGCUAAUGUACGUAA